AUGACCCACCACUGCAGGAGAUCCUCCGGUCUCUGGAAGAUCGUGGUGUGGGAUGAGGCUUUCUUCCAGGGCAAGAAGCAUGAGUUCACCGCUGACUGCUACAGCACCCCGGAGCACGGCUUCAGCACCGUCCGCUCCUGCAAGAUCGAGAGCGGGGCGUGGGCAGGCUUCGAGCACUGUGGCUUCCAGGGGCAGCAGUUCGUGCUGGAGCGCGGCGAGUACCCGUGCUGGGAGGCAUGGAGCGGCAGCAACGCCUACCACGUGGAGAGGAUGUGCUCCUUCCGCCCCAUCGCCUGCGCCGACCAUGGGCGCAGCAGGCUGAUGCUCUUUGAGCAUGAGAACUUCCAGGGCAGGCGGGGGGAGCUGAGCGAUGACUGCCCCUCGCUGCCUGCCCUGGGCUGGGGCAGCAGCGCCGUGGGCUCCUUCCUCGUCUGCUCCGGCGCGUGGGUCUGCUCACAGUACCCGGGGUACCGCGGCUUCCAGUACCUCCUGGAGAGCGACAGCCGUGCGGGCGAGUACAAGCACGUGCGGGAGUGGGGCUCCCAUGUGCAGACGGGCCAGGUCCAGUCCAUCCGCAGGGUCCAGCAGUGA